GACGGCACAUUAGCCAGUCAUUGUUUUUCGAUGCAAGCGAGAGUCAAGCUCACACUCCUCGCCGAUCUUUUGCUUCCCCCAAAUCGCCGACUUAAUCGAUUUCCGUACUCCGACAGUUAAACCGCACCAUUUUCCACAAUUCACUCGCUAAAAUUUAUUCCCUCUCUUUCUUCUCCUCUCACUCUGUAAAUUUUGGUCCGAAGAGAAAGAGAGAGAGAGAGAGGAGGAGGAGGAAGAAUAGAAGAAGAAGUGAAGAAGUUCAAUUCAAUGGAGUACCAGACUUCAUCUGUGGCUCUUUCGCAGAAGCUCUCUUCCGGCCACUCCAUAUACGACGGCGUUUUCACCUCUGCUCCCUCUAAGUUCACUGUGUCGUCUUUCUCGUCCCGCCUCGAAGACUACUGCGAGAUUUUCGGCGGCUCCGGCGCCGCCGCCUCCUCGAUUCCGGUUCUGGAAGUUCCGGAGCCGAAUGAGCGAAAAGCUUCGGUGGAUGUUCGGAGCUCGAAGCUUGAUUACUCCAAUGUCUUCGGUGGCUUUGGCGAUUCCGAAUUCGCAGUGCCGUAUGAGGAGCUCUUUGCUGAGCCGAAGAAAAGGAGGACUAAAUUGCACAAAGAAAGCAGGAGACAAGCUGAAAGAGUGUCACCUCCAAAAGAGGCAAAACGAUCAUGUUCAGAGGAAAAUAUUGAUUUACCAAAUGAAGCAGCUUAUGAGUCAUUUGAUGGUGUUAAGAAGUUCAGCAUGUCAUAUAAUCAAAGCAACAAUAGAAGCAAGAGUUUUGCAGGUGUGCAUUCUGUUCCAGCAUAUACCUGCUUGGUUGAUGAGACCGCUCCCUUGCGCGCCACUGAAGGAGAUAAAUCGGUGUCAAUGUCAAUGUCGUCGGUAGCGAAAGAGAGAACAAUGGAGGGCAACCGGUCCGCGAAAGCCAUGAGAGACCAACCAGCUGGUGAUGCCGGCAAACAGGGUUCUGGAGGAGGAGGUGUCAAGGCUCAGAACAAUUCUAAUUGGAAAAAUUCAAUUGAUGAGUUAUUUAACUCGAAUAAAACAGGGCAAGGAACUCCUCCUUCAAGCAGUCCUCCAUUAAUUUCAAGUCAGGUUUCUGAAGGUGAUAAACCAGUGUUGUUAGUAGCAAAUGGUGCUAGCAGUGUUAAUGGUGUCGAGAGAAAAAUGGAGGGCAACCAUCACAUGAAAGCCGCAGGGGACCACCAAGCUACUGAUGCAAGUAAACAGACCUCUGGAGGAGUUGCCAAGUUUCAGAACAAUUCCAAGUGGAGAAGUUCCAGCUCAAUCGAUAAGUUAUUUUAUUCAGGGGAAAUUGCGCAAGAAACUCGUCCUUCAAACGUGCCUCCAUUUUCAAGCAUGCGUUCUGAUGGGAAGGGUGAAUUUGAGAAACCAAUGGCUUCUAUGUUUGGGGUUUUUAAUCGUGAUACUUUUGAAGGUGCUGACGGUGUUUCCUCACCGCCAUACUUUGAUGAGGAAGUAGACACAAACUCUGUUGCAGCUGCAUCUGUUGCUGCUUUGACAAAGGCAAUAGAGGAGGCUCAAGCAAGUAUACAAAUGGCAAAGGAGUUGAUGGAUAGAAAGAAGUUUGGUCCUCAAAAUCGAGUCAAAUUGAGCUUUGACAACAGUAUGAAACCUAAGUCGAGAAAGGGCGGUAGAUUUGCAGACAAAGCUAGCAUAUCCAAAGAGACGAAGACUCAGGAACUGUAUGACACAGUGGAUGUUCCUGUCCAUGUUUCCGCUGAGCCAGAACAAGUAACUCCAGUAUUUGAAAAUGCAUCCAUAAUUAGUGAUGUGAUGGUAACUGGAGAGGAAGUACGUGAAAAGGAAAUUGCUGAUAAUGCAAGCAUAUUUUCAAAGAAGAAGACUCAGGAAUUACAAGAAGAGGUUCAUGUCUCUGCUGGGCCAGAACAAGUAUCUGUAGCACUUGAAGACACAGAUAAACUUAGUGGUGUGAUGGAAACUCGAGAGAAAGUACAUGGACAGGAAUUUAAACCAACUCCAACAGAUCACAGGCAUGAAGAAGCUGAUGACUCAGAAGCAGCAGAACAGUUUUAUGAAUUUGCUGACACAAGUGAACAAGAUGUAUCAGAAGCAACAGAACAGUUCUAUGAAGUUGCUGACAGCAGUGAACCUGAUGUAUCAGAAGCGACAGAAGAAUUUUAUGAAUUUGCUGACUCAAACGGACAGCAUGAUACAGUAUUAGAGAAUCAAGAAGGCAACAAUACAAGGAAAAUGUUCCGAUCUGUAGAUAAUGAUGAACAGGAGAAGAAAACGGACAUGGAAGCCUUCGAAAAUUCAGAGCAAGUUGGCAAGACAUUAAAAGCAGCUACAGAAGAAGAACAAAGAGAAGUAGAGAAUAUAUUCAAUAUUGUUGGAGGGGUUUCUGAGUUUGAUGAAAAUGAGAAUGGAUUAGCAUCAUCUCAAGAGGGUUCUAAUCAGGAAGAUAAUGAGAAGCCACAGGAAGCUCCCAGAGAGCAUGAAGAAACUGCAAAGCUUACAACAACACAUGUAAAGGAAACAUGUGAAGAGAAACAAAAUGGAGAUGACAAGAGGUUUGAAACUCAGGAAUUACAGGAGACUGAACAUGUGGAUAUAAAAUUGGUGGCUCAGGAGUGGGUCGAAAAUGAGAAGAUUGACAGGGAGGCUUGCAUGCUGGAAGAAAAUGAGACGGAACAAACAUAUGCCCAGAGUGAAGAAGACACUGACAGGAGUCUCAAUGAAGAUAACAAGGAAGAAAUCAUCGAGACAGUGAAUGACUUAUAUGAUAAGGAAGAUUUUGAAAAGAGACUUAAAGAUGACAGCAAGUCUGAAGGAAAUGAGAAGCUUCAAGACACCAGACCGAAUGAGAAGAUACUUGAAGAUGCUACUUGUCACAAGGAGUGUGAGAAUUGCCAAGAAGAGAGUUUUGAAUUUGUCGAAGCUGGGAGAAUGCAAAUACUGAUGGAUGAGAGCACAGAAAAUGAGAAAGUGCAGGUGACUCAAGAGGAUCAAAAGAACCUGGAAUGCAAUUUUGAGGCAGCAGAUAACCUGUAUGAGCAGGGUGUAAGUGGGGACCUAAACAGCAAACAGGGAUCUGCUAGACAUGUAGAUUGCGACCAUGUACUGAUGGAUGAGAGCACAGAAAAUGAGAAACUGCAGGUGACUCAAGAGGAUCAAAAGAACCUGGAGUGCAAUUCUGAGGCAGCAGAUAACCUGUAUGAGCAGGGUGUAAGUGGGGACCUAAACAACAAACAGGGAUCUGCUAGACAUGUAGAUUGCGAUCAAGAUGUAGAAGAAACUCAGAACUUACCAACAAACAAAGAGGAUGGACGGGUGAGAGAAGUUGCUGAAACUUCGAUUCAACUCGAAGAGAAUGAGCACCAGACAGAACUGGUUGAAGAGGAGAAUGGCAUGGCAGAGAAAGAGAUAUGUGAAACAGAUGGCUUGACUCCAAGUGUCAAACUUCCUGAGAGGCCGAAGAAAAUGGAAGAUGCAACAGAGAUCCAUUCUUUUGACAAAAAUGGAAUAAGCGCAAGUGAAAGUGACAUGAGCUUUGUGCAAAAGCAAGAUGACAAGCUUGCUGGAGAGUCCAAUGUAGACUACAGUGUAGGAAGGCAGGUUGAAGAAUGUGAAGAAUUGGGAGAUAUCAAUAGUGAUAUGAUGGGAGCUGAAGUUGCUGUGAAUCAGGAAAGGAACAAGAAUGGUCCCAAAUCUAGGAAAAGGUGGUUUGGUACUAAAGAAGUUUCGGAAACUUUCAUUAAACUCGAGGAGGAUGGGAAUCAAUCAGAAUUAGUUGAAGAGGAGGAUGUUAUGGAAGAGAAAGUGAUAUGUGAAAUAGAGGGCUUGGCUUCAGGUGUCAAACUUGCUGAGAUACUGAAGCAAAUGGAAGAUGUAAUAGAGAUCCAUUCUUCGGACAAAAAUGGGACGAGUGUAGAUGGGCAAAAGCAAGAUGCCCAGCUUGCCAGAGAGCCUGAAGUAGCCUGCAACGUAGGAAAGCAUGUUGAAGAAUUGGGAGAUAUUAAAAAGAACAUGAUGGGACCUGAAGUUGCUGCUGUGAAUCAGGAGGAGAACGUGAAUAUUACCAAGUCUUCUCACAGGAAAAGAUGGUUUGACAAUGGGAAGGAUACAAAAGUAGCUCAGGCUCAUAUAUUUGGUAGAAAAGCAGGAAGUGUGCUACUGGAUAAUGAGACGGACACAAGCCUGUAUACAAAGAUAGAUAAGGAGAAUCAUCAUAAAGUCAUGACAAAUCAAAGUACAGAAGUAAAUGAGGACAGCCAACAAGCAACCUUGAGGCCGAAAGAGAGUGACGCCAUUCAUAGUUCACUGAAAGAAUCGGAACAAGAAAACAAUGAAAAUCCACAAACAACCUUGUCUGCAGAAGAGAGUGAAACUGACCAUAAUUCGCAGGAAGUGGAACAAGAGGGUCAAGCAACCCUGACAGCAAAAGAGAGUGAAACGAACUACACUUCUCAAAAAGAAGUGGAACGAGAAAAGGAGAAUCAACAAGAAUCUCAGACUGCAAACGAGUUUGAAAUUAGUGCUAGUUCACAAAAGGUAGUGGAGCUGGAGAAAGAGCACCUGAUUCAGAAAGCAGAAAAACGAAGAGAAAGGGAAAGACAAAAAGAGAAAAGAGCUGUUGAACGAGCAAUUCGUGAAGCUCGUGAAAGGUCAUUUGCUGAUGUCAAAGAAAGAGUGGCUGAAACUCGUCAAAAGGUAAUGGCUGAGGCCCAAGGAAGGUUAGGGAAGACUUCUGUGCAGGCUAAAGAUACUUCAUUAGCUGAGCAGGCUUCAAAGGAAGCCAAACAAAAAUGGGAACGUGCUGCUGUUGAAAGAGCAACCGCAGAGGCUCGGGAUCGUUUCUUAGAAAAAGCAUUAUCUGCGAAAAAGUCGGUUCCAGAGAAAUAUUCUGGUGCUUCUACAGAAGGAAAGCAGGCUAAAAGAUCUGCUUCUGAGAAAUUUUCUGGCGCUUCUAGAGAUAAUGGGGCAAACCGGUCCUCUGAUCUAGAGUCCAAAGUCUCUUCAAGCGCAUCAAGAUCCCCAAAUUCUUCAAAUCAGUCUGAUCCUUCCCCAGCUGAGCGGUCUGCUGGAACUAAUGGUGAAUCAGCUCAAAGGAGUCAAGCUAGGUUGGAGAGGAAUCAACGGACAGCAGAACGUGCGGCAAAAGCUCUCGCGGAGAAGAAUAAUCGUGAUCUUCUUGUACAACAAGAGCAAGCUGAGAGAAAUAGAUUAGCAGAAGUGCUUGAUGCCGAGGUCAAAAGGUGGUCAAGUGGGAAGGAGAGAAAUUUGCGUGCAUUGCUCUCAACACUACAAUAUAUCCUUGGGCCUGAUAGUGGUUGGCAGCCGGUUCCUCUUACCGAUAUUGUUACUGCUGUUGCUGUAAAGAAAGCUUAUCGUAAAGCUGCACUCUUUGUUCAUCCUGACAAGUUACAGCAACGGGGUGCAAGCAUUCAGCAGAAGUACACUUGUGAGAAGGUGUUUGAUCUUCUAAAGGAUGCUUGGAAUAGAUUCAGCACGGAAGAGCGAUAAACUGUUUAUUUUGUACAUAUGAAGAAAGACGAAUAAAGCAUACCAUCUCCGGAGAACAUGGCAAAAUACUUCACCUCCCAAGCCAGCCGCAAUUGUUCAUCUUGGAAUAAAUAGUAAUUAGGAAAUGUAUUCUAGGCAUUCUUUUGUUUAUGUAGCAGCUCUAGCUAGAUUCAUGCUGCAACUCCAAGAAGCAAUUGCACCGAACAGGACUGGCACUGUUAAGCUUAUCCUCUUUCAAAGAAAUGAGAAAUAGCUUAUGCUC